UGGGCUUUCGGUCUGCGCCGGCCGGCCUGGCGCAGGAGGCGGAAGUGCCGCGGGUGGCCGUCUCCGUCCCGGUUGCGGCCCCUGCCGGUUACGUAACUCGUCGCCGGUUCCGCGCGGCCCCACUCGCCGGCUCCCUGCGACCCCAGGAUGUGCUGAGCCUCACGACGCCCUCUGCUGCCGCCGGCUCCCGCCCAAGGUGUGAAUGACAGAGGUGGUGCCGUCCAGCGCCCUCAGCGAGGUCAGCCUGCGCCUCCUGUGCCACGAUGACAUAGACACCGUGAAGCACCUCUGUGGCGACUGGUUCCCCAUUGAGUACCCAGACUCAUGGUAUCGUGAUAUCACAUCCAACAAGAAGUUCUUUUCCCUUGCUGCAACUUACAGAGGCGCCAUCGUGGGAAUGAUAGUAGCUGAGAUAAAAAGUAGGACCAAGAUACAUAAAGAGGAUGGAGAUAUUUUAGCCUCCAACUUCUCUGUUGACACCCAAGUGGCGUACAUCCUAAGUCUGGGAGUAGUGAAAGAAUUCCGGAAGCACGGCAUAGGUUCCCUUUUACUUGAAAGUUUGAAGGAUCACAUAUCAACCACCGCCCAGGACCACUGCAAAGCCAUCUACCUGCACGUCCUCACCACCAACAACACGGCAAUAAACUUCUACGAGAACAGAGACUUUAAGCAGCACCACUAUCUCCCCUAUUACUACUCCAUCCGGGGGGUCCUCAAAGACGGCUUCACCUAUGUCCUCUACAUCAAUGGCGGCCACCCUCCGUGGACAAUCUUGGACUACAUCCAGCACUUGGGCUCUGCACUAGCCAGCCUGAGCCCCUGCUCCAUCCCACAGAGGCUCUACCGCCAGGCCCACAGCCUGCUCUGCAGCUUCCUGCCCUGGUCCAGCAUCUCUGCCAAGGGUGGCAUCGAGUAUAGCCGGACCAUGUGAGGUCAGCCGGGCUGUCUCCGCUGGCCCCCGCCCCUCAGUACCUGCUGAGCCUGCCUUCCUGUCCCUCUGA